AGCUAGAGUAUAUAUAUAUAUAGUGCAGCCAUCGGUUUUUUAGAUGUAUCAAUCCCCGUUGACGUAAGAGUUUUUGAAAAUACAUAAAAACAUGACGGAAGAAACGCAGCAAACCACGGAUUCACCGGCUGCGAAGCAGCAGCUGGUGCAAAGUGGAGCAAACACCACCACAGAAGUCAGCAAAGUCAAGGAAAAGAAAGAAAAAUCCCGACCCAUGACGAAGGUCGUUGUAAGGAGGCUGCCACCCACCAUGACCCAGGAGCAGUUCCUGGAGCAAGUCUCGCCGCUACCAGUGUAUGAUUAUUUUUACUUUGCCAAAGCCGACAUGUCGCUGGGGCAGCACGCGUUUUCCAGAGCUUACGUCGACUUUGUCAACCAGCAGGACAUUUUUGAAUUUAGAGAAAAGUUUGACAAUUAUGUGUUUGUCGAUGGAAAAGGUCUCGAGUUCCCCGCUGUGGUCGAGUUUGCUCCGUUUCAGAGAGUUCCUAAAAAGCGUAUUGGCAAGAAAAAAGAUCCCAAGUGCGGAACUAUCGAAAGUGAUCCUUACUACAUUAAUUUCUUGGAAAGUUUGAAAAAUCAAGAAGCAGACGUGACAAACAGUCAGCCAAAAACUGAGUAUUCCUUCCAACCAUCUGAUCAUACUCCUAAGAAAGUUACUACAACUCCUUUAUUAGAUUUUUUGAAGCAAAGAAAGCAAGAAAAACAACGUCUCAGGGACGAAAAACGCGAAGAAAAACGUAGAAGAGACAUGGAAAGGAAGAAAACUAAAGAUGAACCUUUAGUUUCAAAAGUUUUAAAAAAUAUGGAAGAUAAAGAGAGAGAAAAAGAUCGGGAAACGAACAGAGAAAUUAGAGAUGAAAAAGACAGACCGUUUCAGAAAGAGCUCAAAAACCGGAACAAGAAAGAAGAAAAAUACAAAGAUAAGUCAAUGCGAGAUCGGGAUGCUAAGCCUUUGGGCAAGAAUUAUAGGGACAGGGAUGAACGAGCCAAAGAAAGAGAAACCAAGCACAACAAAAAGCAGGAAGACAGAAAGUUUCACCACAAAACGGAUGAUCACGGUAGUUAUGCCAAAGACGAUCGAAAUAAUGAAAAAGAAGAUAAUUAUAAAGAACGUAAGCUGGAAGAAAAACGUGGUAAGAGUUACGAAAAAAUGCGUCAAGAGAAAAAGAGGCUCGUUGAAGGACAGAAAAAACAAUAUUCUGAAAUACCGUCAGAUGAGCCGAAUGACUACUACUACAAUACAGAUGGACCUAAAGUCGAGAGUACCGAAGAUAACUACACAAAAGGCACGAAAGAGGCAAAUGACGAUAAUAAUCGGCCAAAAUACAAAAUUAAAAAAAAUCCUGAUAACUUGAGGAAUAGUGGUAAAACUGAUACUGCAGAUCAGUCGAACGAGGCGUCACGUGCAUUCAAACCACGCUCAAAUUCUAGCACAGAAGAACCUAAUUCAAAAUCGAAGUCCCUAGUCGACUGUGAUGGCCUAGAUACUAACCAGCAAGUUGCCAAGUCUAGCCACUUAGAAGAUGGUAGAGGGAACGAAGAGAAGAAAAAUUAUAUAAAGUCCAGGCUGACCAAGAGACGUAGUUCGCUGGAAAGUGGUGGCGAUAGUGGUACUGGAAGUAAAUCUGGUAGUGGCAGCAAAACAUCCGAUAGACGCAAUGCUAGCGACUGCGAGAGUGACAGUUCGUGCCUCAGGCGUCACAAGUCACUCGAUGGUGGCAACGACAACAAUUUUCAGAAAAACGAGUCAGAGGACAAGGAAGAUAAGGACAAAAAAGAUCCUCGGUUAGAACGACGGAUCAGGAACAAGGAUCGGCCAGCCAUGGAGAUUUAUCGACCAGGUAUGGGAAAAUUCAGUAAACAGCGAUUGGAAAGAGAAAAGGGGAAUGAGGAGAGAUCGACCCCUUCGCAAAGCCCAACUCCUACUUCGGGUGGUUCCAAUACAUACAAGAGCGGUAAAUCAUCCAGCUCAGAAGUUCGCUCCAUGACGUUUAAAAGAAGCGUCAGUCGUGAUGUGUCAUAGUUCAUGAAGAUUAUUUCUAAUACUGCUUUUUUACACAAGAACUGUGCUGUAAUUAUUAUUUAAUUUGUAUACUUAUAG